GUGCGUUCUUCGUGAUCUGAGCGCACAUUCCGCUUUCCGUUUGAGUAAAGCAGAGACAAGCGAGUGAGGCGACUGACUCAUUCACAGUGUUUCUUUUCGGACUACACAGACAUUCUGGAGGUUCAUACUCAGUGCCAUCAAGUGCUGACUGAUGGUGACAUGUUCUUGUGAUGAUGCCGUUGUGGGCUCGGUGUGGCUUGCAAGAGAGAGAACACAGACUUGCGACGAGACAGGACGAAACUGAUGAUAGUGGAGGUGAGGAAUUUGUGAACUCCGGCCAAAAUAGUGGUGUUGAUAAACUCAGAGAGGGCAAGGGUCAGGGUCAGGCUAGUAGGAAAGAUGGAAGCGAAGGAGGACGAGGAAAACAGGGUGACGGGUUAGAAGAAGAAAGCGGAAAUGCUCAAAUUGCUGGAGGAGGAGGAGGGGGAGGAGGAUCUUUCGAGGGCAUCGUGAGAAACGUUGCCAACUUGCUUUCGGACACUUUCUUGGGAUACUUCAGGUCUACACAGAAAACGCCACCUGCACCCUCGUCUCUUUCGCAACUUGAUUCGACGGCAACUGCGAACAGCGAUGAUGAAGAAACGAUAACCUCUCUCACAUCGUCACCAUCAUCUUCAUCGUUGACGCCUACGGAGAAAUCCCAGCAUGAGUCUUCUACAUUGGCGACUGACCGCAGCCAAGCGGCGGUCUCGGAGUGCUCCGACACUGACGCAGAUUCUCUUAUUAUUCUCGCGGAUACAGACAGUAUCCAGUCUGGGUCUCUGCAAUCGACAGGGAGUAAAGAGCAGAAGAGCCCGGGGUUGCCGCGGGACAUCGAAGAGAUCCUGACGUCCACGCUUGGUGCGCUGUAUGGCCGAGCCACCCCAGCCGCGGUACAACAGGCGUGGGACGUGCUCAGCGAGUGCUAUGACGGGGAUGGUCGGAGGUUCAAACAUGAGUAUCUGGAACCCGUGCUGGGCCUGCUUCAGAGGCUGCAGGAGAUUCAGGCUGUCCAUAGCGAAUGUCCGACUAACACUUGGCCACUGAGCGUGGGCAGUUCCGUGGUGGUCCAUCUCUCACGCCGCAACUGUCGCUACCUGCGGGACAUCGGAGACUUCUGCGUGUGCGCUGUGGUAGCCGACAGGUCUCAGCCCAACAGCGCGCGCCUCGUUUCCGCCGACUGCGGCGCGGCAGACGGACGCCACCCUGGCGCCAGCAGCCCCGAGGCUUCUUCUUCUUCUUCUUCAGACGACAACAGUUCUCCGCCGCUGGAGCCGAGACUGCUGUUGUGCGACCUAACGUUCGACGGCCUGGUAGAGAGACGCGUCGAUGAGCGUGAGUUUGCCGCCGUGUUGACCAUGGACUGGGCGCGCCGCGUUCGGGACGCGCCGGACCACGAGCUGUCUCUAGUGCUGCGACAGUGUAUGGUCGCCUCCGAGUACACCGUCCGCCACCUGCGCUGGGAUGACUUGCCGCAGUUUGACCCCGGCAAGCAGGGCGUCGUCGGGGAUAACCUCAACCGCAAUAACUCUGGCUCCACGCAGAGUAAGACCGGAGACAGAAGGGAACCCUCCUCCCCCACAUCCACACAACCUGACACAACGGAAGGUAGGGAACUAGCUGGUCUGACAGGAACCAACAAAACCCUACAGGGUUACUCCGCACAGCGCAAAGAUGUGGGCGUUCCGCUGCCGGACUCCACAGUAGACGAGUCUUCUACAGACCCGCCGACGCCUCACGCCACUCUCAGUCCUCCGAGCGCUGUAGGCGUCAAAACCCCCGCCGCUCCCAAAGAGCACGACCUCGGCUACGAUCUCACCUUCCACACGUGCCCGAACUCGCCUGCCAGCCCCCAGUAUUCCUCCUCCCCGAAGUCACCCUCGACUUGUUCACCCACCUCGUCAAUAGCAUUGUCGAAUCAAAACGCCUCUACAGACACUGUACAUCAAUCUUCCCCAAAUCCAUCCUCGCCUCUUUGCUUCCCUCGUGAGGACUCGUCGUCCUCUUCACCUCCUCGUGGUGCGGCACAACAACAACAUGACUCGUCCUUAUUGUCAUCUUCAUCACCGCCACUGUCAGCAUCACCUCCUCGCAAUGACCCCCGACCAGAAAUCCCCGCGAAAUCCCCCACCUCCUCCCCCGCCCCACCCGACUCCCCCCAGCCUUCGCUACCUCCUCGGUGUCCACAACAAUCGUCACCAUCGCCGUCGGGUCAUUCACCCUCUUCUGUAUCAUCGUCCUCAUCACCUUCCUCUUCCUCCCCCUCACCCUCCCAGCCUCCUAACGUGUAUGGCACGUGGCACGGGCGUGGUGGCAAAGACUCAGCUCACAGGCGGACCCCGCAGAGCGCAACUCCCCGAGCUCCCAUGGAUAGUAGCAGUAGCCACAACAGCAGUGGCGCCCCAGAUAAUACCUAUGCCACCCUUGGAGUAAAGCACAGUCGCCAACACAGCUCUGCCUCAUGCAGCUCACAGCACGAUUCCGGAGUGGAGAACCCGGCCCCCAUGCAGCGCACGGUGAGCAGCAGUUACCUGGUCCGGCGCCGUCUGCCUGUGCCCGCCUCUGUGGCUGACGUGGACAACGAGCUGCUGCACUCCGGCGUCGCCAUCUUGCCUGGCUGUCGUGACGAGGAUAGGCGUAGCCUGGUGUACAUCUUCACGUGCAGCAGUCUGUGGCAGGAGCGCCGGGUGAGGAGCACAGAGCUGGCCGAACUGCUCAUCUACUACCACACCGUGCCCAGGAAAUGCCAGUCCGGCAAAGGUCUCGCUGUGGUGGCAGACAUACGAGGGUCAACCACCUCCACCAUCAACAUCCUGUUGGAGGCUCUCUACCUAUUUCAGGACAAUGUGCCAGAGGGAAUCUCCAUAGUGCACCUGUUUGCCGACAGAGCCACGCAGUCCUACGUGAUUAAAUCUCCUCUGUAUGACUCCAAGGCCAGUGUUAAUGUGAUCAGCUGGUUGUCCGAGGAUGGGGGUUCGAUACUUCAACGUUACCAAGUCACAGCGGACAAUCUCCGAGCUGUCCGACACCAGCAGAAAGAUUUCGAGAAAUUUUAUUUCUCUGCUAUGUCGUACAUCGAGAAGGGCAAUGAUCUCCUAGAGGAAGCCAGCAUGCUGAGCCAAUGUGGCAACUUCUCUGAGGCCACGGGCUACAAGGACCUGUCCAAGACGCUCAAGCGGCAGCUGCAGGUCUUCACGGGGCAGCUAGAGGAUGCGAGGGAGAAGAUAGAGGGCACUGCUCGCUGUUACCAUCUACUGGACAAGAGCUACGAGUGGGCGCUGGAGGCCAUGAAGUACGUGUCGAGCAUGCGCAUGGAGCACAGCGCCACGGCCGAGGGCCUGGACAAGCUGCUGCGGAGCCUGAACGUGUAUCUGGCCGAGCACCCGCCCGUGUCCGAGGAGAACUUUGCCGCCAUGCUGGACGCUGCUCAGAGGCUUCACAACGAGAAACUGUUGGAGCAGUGCCGGGUGGCCAAAGCCAGGUGUCAGGAGACCCAUCAGCUCUUACAGCUGCGACAGACAACUCUCCGCCGUGCCCGGAACCAGAUGGAGGUGGAGCAGGCUCUCAAAGAGGGCGACUCUGAGGCCAGCAGCAGAUGCAGCACUCACUCCACCCCCGCUGCCCCCUCCUCCCCGUCAGUGUUCGACGUCCACGAGAUGGCCAAGCCCAUCGCCCACAUCUCCGAGGACAUCCACAGCGACUACCGCGACAUGGUACACAGCAGCUCCUCAUCCUCCUCCCCCCACCACCGCCUAGAGCAGUCCUCCUCUGUGUUCACCACCCCGCCGUCGUUCUCGUUUGAGCGGACGCCCAUGGACUCGGUUUCCUCCUCUUCUUCAUCAUCAAUGUCAUCUUCAGCGCUACGCGGGGGUGGCGAUGGAGAGGAUGGGGAAGGACGUUCCUUCUGGGAGCCGAAAGACUCUAGCACUCCGACUGGAGGCUUUACGAACAUGCAGCAAGGCGGAGGUGAUGGUGAAAGUGUUGGUGGUAGUGAAGCAGGUAGUGACAGUUCUUCAACGAAGCCUUGUCCACGUGCAGGUAAGCAGUACGGGUUCAGAUCUGAGGAGAGUCAUCCUAGUCACAACAGCUCGUCAUCUGGUAGAGUGUGCGGAGAGGGCGCAUCUGACAGCUCUGGCGCGUCCACUCCGGAAUUUCGUUCCCCAAUGGUGCCUGUGAGUCCGCAGCACCGCCACAAUGUGAGGGCGGUAAGAGACAGGAUGGCUGUACAACAGCCGCUACAUUCCUCAGGUGGACCUCAGAUGUCAUCAUCAUUGUCACCCUCCCACAUCCUGCCUCCAUCACCGAUGACAAUGCCGCCGCCUCUCUCCCCAGCCUCUUCGUCUUCCUCAUCUUCAGCAUCUUCCUCCACCACCGUGCCCCACUAUGCCCCCCUCACCGACACACCCCCAUCCUCUUCACCCCGACCAAGACUAUACGAACCCUCCCCAUCCUCCUCGCCUAUCUCUCGCCUCUACAACAGCUCGCCAACACGAUCGUCGGCCACUUCCGUUGCUCGUGGAUCUGCUGCUGGCAAGCUUGCCUUAGGCCGUACCAUCUCCCAGCCCCCAAAUGUCUCACCUUCUCACCAGGGUGUCACAAGCCCAAGACCCCUCCACAGCCUGCCUUCUGGCCUACCACCUGCAUCUUCACGACCACUCAAGAAAAUCCUGAAGCGUGCAAGCACUGCACCCAUUCCUAUGCUGGGUUCGCCUAUCUUGGAAGAGGAUCCCCAGCAGUUAAUGACCGCCAGUUUUGGCAGCCCAGGAGGGGGGCGGGAGGGGGAGGACAACGAGGGCGGACGACAGGAGAGAAGCGCCAAGUCCCUCAGUAUGAUCACUGGCAGCUCAGAGUCUCUGCCCAGCAUGGCUGAAGAGGAUGAGUCUCAGCUGGAUGCCAGCCCAUCCCACGAGGGUCAGGAAGGGGACAGAGCCUCCACGGGAAACAUCCGGGACUGGACACCCAUACCGGUCAACACACACCUCCACCGGUCAGCUCAGAGUACACCCACGGGGCCCAUGGCAGACCUGAGGCUGUCAGAAGCUGAGAUGAAGAGCAGAAGGACGGUCUCGCUGAUCAUGUCUGAGAUGAUACAGACGGAGCGAGACUACGUGCGCGCCUUACAGUUCAUCACAGACCACUACGUGCCAGAGCUGCAGCGCGAGGACGUCCCACAGAUGCUGCGGGGCAAGAGGACAGUCAUCUUCGGCAACUUGGAGAAGAUCCAGCAGUUCCACGGCCAGUACUUCCUGCGUCACUUGGAGGCCUGUCAGAACCAGCCCUUCCUAGUGGGACAGUAUUUCCUGCAGCAUGAGACUAUGUUCUACCUGUAUGCCUUGUACAACAAGAACAAACCCAAGUCUGAUACUCUGAUGAUGGAGUUUGGAAAAGAUUUCUUCAGAGAAAAACAGCUGGAGCUGGGUGACAAAAUGGACCUGUCCAGCUAUCUCCUGAAGCCUGUGCAGCGUAUGGGCAAGUACGCCCUGCUGCUCAAACAGCUGCUGAAGGAGUGCAACGAGACUGAGCCCGAGUACCCUGAGCUGAGGGCUGCUGAGGAAAUGGUCAAGUUCCAACUUCGUCAUGGCAACGACCUUCUGGCAAUGGACUCUCUAAGGGAUUGUGAUGUGAACCUCCAGGAGCAGGGCCGACUGUUGAGACAGGAGGAGUUCCUCGUGUUCCAGGGUCGCAAAAAGUCCAUGAGGCGCAUCUUCCUGUUUGAGGACCUUAUCCUGUUCAGCAAGACUCGCCGUGGGAGGCAGGGCCAACACGACAUUUAUGUGUACAAGAACAGUUUUAAGACUGCCGACAUUGGAAUGACAGAGAAUUUUGGUGAUUCUGGGUAUAAGUUUGAGAUCUGGUUUCGGCGAAGGACCAUUGGAGACAAUUACAUCUUGCAAGCGCCCAACUCUGAAGUGAAAAAGGCAUGGGUGAAGGAUAUCUCCAGGAUAUUAUGGCGUCAAGCAAUCCGCAACAGAGAAUCUCGUAUCAAUGAGCUGGCCACCAUGGGUAUCGGCAACAAGCCCUGUCUGGACAUCAAGCCCAGCGAAGACAACAUCCAGGACCGCUCUAUCAACGUCUCCCUCGGCAACAGGGGAGCUCGCACAAGAAAUUCUAUAGCAGUGUCAUCCUUUGACUAUCUUCGUAACGGAAACAAACGACCUCAUUCCAUCAUCUCAGUCAGUUCAACAUCAUCUUCUGGGUCGAGUCAGUCAUCCUUUGGCUUGCUGGGAUCUCUAAAUCUGGCUUUUGACCCCUUAGACAGCCCUCGGUUGAACCGACGGUCUUUUAUUUCAAGUGAGAGUGGUAUAGUGACUGAUGGGGACACAUCUGUGGGCGACGUGGGCAGCGAGAAUCGAGGUCCCAGCCCACGGCGGGCUAGUCAAGGGGCGCCUCCCUCCUCCGCCAUGCGCUCCUAUUUCGAUGUGAUGAAGUCACGAGUCCUCAAACAGAAGUUUUCUGACCAAGUGUACACAGAUGUAUGAUAGCCGAGACAAGACAUGUGCACUACACAGCCCGCUGAAGGGGAGAUUUUCAUUCUUGGACCACAGCAGCUGAACUUCGUGCAAGCUGGCACAGUUCUUAUGUUGGCAGACAUAUUAAACAAACACACGCAGAUGUAUGCUCACACAUACACAUGCGCUGGCACGGACAUGAAUACACAGAUCCACAAGCACACGCGUGCAUGAGUGUGUGCACACACACCCACCUCUGAACUCACAUUGAGACAGGACAGUGUGUUCAUUUACUGUAAUCAAGAAGAGGCGACUCGGUUCCUCUUACUGUUGUCAAUUCACAGGCUAAUUUUUUGUCUGGACAGACCUGGAUUAAGGAACUCAAAAAUAGACAAAUGGUCAGCUCUCUGUUUUCUCCAAUAUUGUUCCCAUCGCAUAUGACUGUGCUCACAGCUCUAGCUAGAGUACAAAUAUUUUUUGUUGUGGGGGGAGGGGGGGGAGGGGUGUUGUUUGGGAUUGUUACUUGUUCUUUUUCUCUUAUUAAGUGAAUGGUUAAGUCGAGUAAGUGACAGCGAGUCUUAAAGCUCUGUAUUUUCACUUUGCUCUUGAUUCUACAAGUGUUCUGAUCUCAUGUACUGUGCAAGUCCAGUUUGGUACAACUCGGGGGAGUUCAGAGAAGACACUUGGGAGACUUAAAAUAUUGUACUGCUGUCUUGUUUAUUUAAGGUUAAUUUUUGUUUAGAAUUCUUUGAAUCAGAUUUCUUGAAACUAGUUAUUCUUAUGCAAAAAAUGUUGAGGUCCUUGCAAAUUCAUACAACUGUGUCUGCCUUUUUUAUAAUUGGCUAGAGGUAUGAUCUGUACUUUAAUUUGAUAUCUAGAACCAGUAAGAAACUUGAAUUUUCAUUUUCUCUUGAAGAAUGUUACAGCCUUGAAUGUAAAAUCUUGAUCAUCAAAAAUGAAUUUUUCAUCAAUUAUAAAUGAUACCAUAUGUUUUGUAAUUCAUGGAAAUCAGCACUUUCAGAAAUUGAUGCCACUCUCAAGCUCAACCUUUUUUUCAAAUUUGUAGAUUGCAGCUUAGAGGCACAAUUUGUUAAACGCUAAGAAAAUAUAAAAUUUUCUUUUUUUAAAUGCAUUACCACUGUAGCAACACUAGAGGUGACUUUUAAAAAUCAGUACAUACAUAGAAAAAGUCCAGGUUCGAGCCUCGGUUCGGACACUGAUUUUUUUCGCCCCCUCCUGCUCUCCCAGCAGUAAUGGGUACCUGACUUCGAGUUGGGGAAGUAAAGGCGGUGUGGAAAGGAACUGGCCACCCUACCACAGUAUGCCGAAGACCCAGGAAGUUGUCUCACUAACAAGGCAAUCCCCAAUUCUGAAACCCAUUUUGUAAAUUGAGUGCUCUUGUGAUUAAAGAAUGAUUUAAGUCUAUUUCGUAUUAAAAAAGAAAAAGAAUUGCAUACUUGCAUUCCAUAGUGGGUACAAGUUAGUUCCUUCAUGCUGAUGGUCUCAGAAAAGAAUUCGAUAAUUCAUUGGCCCUUGUUUUGAAGAUUGAUUUUUUUGUUCACUUGCAGCAGCAGCAGCAGCAGCACUACUCUCACAUGAAUAAUUGUUUCACUCUUGUUCUUCCUCAUAUUGUUUAAAACAUAAGUAAAACAGGAAUUUUAGGAGAUUUAAUUGACCUCAGCAAUCAUAUGUCAUUAAGAACAUGCUCCCGAGAAUUAUUUCGGUAAGAAUGGAUGGUUUUGUCAAGAGGGAUUCGACUUUUCAAAUUACACUUUGAAGAGCCUUAAUCUCAUAUAAUAGUCAACUCUUCAGAAAUAGCACAAUAUAUGUAAGCACACAUUGUUAAAUAAGGGAUAGAUGAAUGAGUCCCUUCACCUAUGCCGAGCACACAAAGUACCCUAAGUGGACUCACACUGCCCUUUCCUUGUGACAUGCUGUUCUUGGCACUGUCCUUGUGUGCCCGUCUGUUCUUCCUCACAUGACAGCAUUUUCUGUUUCUGUAGCUUAUGAAGACAAAUAUUUUUUCAAAGCUUUUACAUCAUCUGAGCCAGUGCCUUGUCUAUACCCAUCAUCAUUGCCAGAAACGCUGUUGAUGCAUUUCUAUACAUUGCAAAGACCAAAGUACCUGUAUAUUCUGUAAUAUAUGAUUGUGUUUGUGUUCUGGUGCAGAGAGUUGAGAGUCAAGUGUGUGCACAGCUGGGGAAGAGAUCUGUGACAUAUUUAAAGGGCAAAAGUCGCAUGAUUGACGUAACUGUCUCAGGAAAAAUGUAUAACUCUGUAUUGUUUUGCUCUCUCCGUGAAACAGUGUCAAAUAAAGCUAGACCAUUUUUUCUGUGGCAGUCUCUUAAUUCCUUUAGGUAAAUUAAAACGGUCUUAAUUGUUGGUGUGAGCAGAUCUGGACAUACUUGGCUUUAAAUUGUUGGUGUGAGCAGAUCUGGACAUACUUGGCUUCAACUCUGUGUACAUUUUCAAAUUGCUGUACAGAAAUGAUGCACAAUUGUUACCAGUGUAGUAAUGUAUAUAGCUGCAUGCGUAUUGUAGUGGUACACUCCUGUCUGGUGCCUCUUUCUAGGCUGUUUUGUCACAUCCGAUGACUUGUUUUGGACACUUAGUUUUUCUGGAGAUUACCCUAUGUUCGGUCAGAUUUAGAAGAAUUAGUUGCACAUUAGUUCAGAAGCUGUUGGGGUUGUCACUUUUGUGGUGAUGGAUUCAGUGAGCUGCUGACAUCAGAUACUUUGUUCUCUGUUUGUUUCCCCUAUGUGUUCCGUAGAAGUAGGUCCUUCCAGUUCUUGAAUGUUGUAAGGUUUGCCCGAGGUCCAGUUGUCCCUGUAGCUAGAAUUCUUUACAAGAUUUUGUGUUAGAUUCUGGCUGUUGUAAGAUGAAGUGUGAGGGGGUAGACUCUCAUUGUUAUGUUGAAAGGAAUACAUGUACAUUGUUCCUUGAUGUAAACCUUGCUUGCUCUUAUUUAACAGAGGUGACUGCUCACACUGUUGUAGCCGUACAGACACAUAAGAAAAUGUUACGUAACUGGCGAAGCUUGUAUGUGAACAGUGCCAUUAAAAGACAAAGAUGCACAAAUACAAGCUUACUUUGGGUAAAUCUCUUGCUAGCUUUGAACAGACUGACAGAGAUGCGGAUGUACAACUUGAUAGUGGUAGAUCCAUUUAUAAGAUAUUUUGGAACUGCAACACGUAUUUGAAAAUCUCAUAUAAAACAAAAAUGUAACAAAAAGGCUGAGAGUAAAGAUUUUUUAGCUUAUCAGGGGGGUUUUUUAAGUGGGUUCAUUUUGCCCUUUUCAGGAGUAGCCUAAACCAUCUCUUUGAUCUUCUUUGCUCAUCAAUUCUGAUAUGUUAUCCCCUGUUCAUCUAAAUCACUUUGGUCAAGAGUGUUGAUCUCCUCCAACUUUGAACCGACUGAUGAGCAUUCUGUGGUCAGCUCCCACUACUUCUCUUUACUGUUUCUGUUAUAAUAGAAUCUGGUCCAGUUAUAUUUGUGGCUGCUAUAGUCCCCACUCACAACAAACUACAUUUGUUCAACACCACAGUUGACACCGGGUUCUAACUUUGGUUGAAGGAACAGUGUAGUUUUCUCACCUCUCCAGGUACAGUUACAUUAUGCACAACUGUUACAUUGAAUAGAAUUCAUCCUCAUAUUGAUUUUUGAUGCUUUCCCGGUUGGGGGACUUUGGGAGAAGUGUCUUUUUUUAUAACAGCAUUCCUUGAUUUAUUUAUUCUAUUUUUUGUGUGUGUAUAAUGUGUUCCUGGUGCAUUUGGUUUUCUGAAUUUGAAGUGAAGCUAUGAAAAAUGCUCGAAGAAACUUCUGGUAGAUCUGCACUUUGUACCCUGAAAGGAUGGAACUGUUUUGUUGCAUCCUUGAAGGACAUGAAAUAUGGAAUAUUGUUCUGUCUAUAGUAACUAAAAGAACAUGGACGUUAGUUUCAUGCCGACAAGCACAAAAUUAGUAGUUCUUUCAUACAUUUCAAUUUUGGAGACGUCUAUACAUAUAUGCAGAAAGUUGGUAGUUCUCAAAAUUCAAUAUUAACAAAAUAUUUGACAGGCUUGACUUUCAGUCGCGAUUACACUGUAAUCAAUUAGUAGACUAUAAUAUAAAUACUAGCAAGUGUUUCUUCAAUGACUAAAAGUGCAACAGUUUUCUCUUUUGUCCAUUGGCAUCUGUUUGUCAUAUGAGAUCUCUUUGAAAUGAAUAAAACAAGAAAGCAAUAACGUUUGACCCUCUGGUCUCCCCUGGGCCAGCAGUGAUGUUGCUGUAAAUGUCUACCUCUGGUUUUCAGUUAUUGUACUAGUAAAGAAAUGGCGCUAAUGACACGUUUAUUUUUAAAUGAUUACCUUGUACAUAUAUAUCAUGCUAGUUCUACUGUCUAAAUUAUUUUAUGUUCUGUGUUUAAAGACAAAUAAAGCUUUAAAGUAAUUGAA